CCCCACACCCACCACACCUCAAGCCUGUCCCUGGCCUCCCCUGUAGGCGAAGAGCUGGGGCAAGGAAGGAUGGCUUCUGCAGCGGGAGCUAGCCGCUUCUCCGAGAAGCAGUUCAGGAGUGUCUGCUCUGAGCUCCAGCAGCCCGCGGUAGACGGGGCUGACUGGGAACUGCUGGUGGAGAGCAUGGGAUUCAGCAUCUAUCGGCACUUACAGUCAACUGGACAUUAUGAAUAUAAGGUCUUUGGCGUUCUGGAGACUUGCCCACCGGAUAUAGUUAAGAAUGUCUAUUUGGACCUCAACUAUAGAAAAAACUGGGAUGAAUUUGUUAAAGAACUGUAUGCAAGAGAUUGCAAUGGAGAGAUCGUGAUCUACUGGGAAGUACAGUGCCCUUCUCCCGGGUUCAACAGAGAUUACGUCUUUGUUCAGCAGCACCGAGAGCUGGAGUUUAAAGGGCAGAAGGUCCAUGUGAUGCUAGCGGACAGUACCUCCGCGCCACAGUUUCCUGAGAAGUCGAGCGCCAUCCGCGUGAAGAAAUUCACACAGAAGCUGGCUGUGCAGAGCGAUGGUGGCCGUGGGAGCAAAGUUUUCAUGUAUUACUCUGAUAAUCUGGAUUGUCCAGUUCCUGACUUCAUCUUUAAAUGGGCUGCCCAGAGAGGAUUUCCUACCUACUUGAAAAACAUGGUGAAUGCCUGCCAUAACUAUCCCAGAAGAUCCUAAUGGAGGGAACUGGGAGCCAUGUGUCCAUGGAAUGAUGUCUCCAGAAGUGCCAUGACCACCAAAACUCAGCCUGUCUAUUGCUUUCCCAUCCUCAGAGACUAGUACAUUGUCCCCGAGUGUGUUUGCCUGAUGCCUGGCUUCUUUUCCCACUCUCCCCACACUGGGACCAGCUGUUGAACAUAGGUCAGAUUAGAGGAACACUUGCUUAAGAAGCGAGGUCUUCCAUAGGGUGCAUGCUCAUUCCUUCUGCCAUUCUGGGGAGGGGAGGGGGUGGAGGCUGGAUGACUGACCACAUCCCCUGGAAGUGACUGAUCCCUGCAAGCUGGCUCCCUCCCACAUGUGAUUUCUUGCAACCCAGGAGGGUGAUUUCCUGCUGAAUUUGCAUUUCCUUCAGGGCUGACUCUCAGUGCACUUAGACUAGGAGACACAUACUGAUGUUCAAUUGCUUUCUGCUUUGCUGACUUUAUUUGGCUGGAAUUUGAAAUAAUAAAUCUAUCCCCAUUCUUGCUCUGGA